CGUGACCAUUACACGUCCAAAAUGUCUGCGCCCACGUAACAGGUUUAAAUUUAAAUACAAUAAUAUUGUUUCUUUAUGUCAUUUGGUAAAAAGAUGAGCAGAAACAGUGCCAUGGCAAAUGGCGUAUCUGACUGAAAUCAAAGUGAAGAAAGUAUGUCUAAAAUAUUCAGGGCCAAGUCAGCUACAAAAAUGAAAGGCUCAGAUCUGCUUGCUGGGGCAACCAAGGCUGCCACCUACAAUAUGGUUUUACAGCUGACAAUUCGAGUGAUGACGUUCCUCUUGAAUGCUUUUGUGUUGAGAUUCAUCUCUAGGGAUCUCCUGGGUGUCGUCAAUGUCAGAUUGAUGUUGUUAUAUUCAACGACACUUUUUCUAGCCAAAGAAGCAUUUGAUAGAGCAUGCCUAAGUAAUAUUGACAAGAAAAAUUGGCGUCAAGUUAUAAACCUUAUUUGGUGUAGUGUCCCCACAGCUGUGGUUUGCUCAGGUAUACUAGGCUUGAUAUGGGUCUACUGGCUGGACAAGCCAGACCCUGCAGUGGUGCCAUACUACAACAUUGGAGUCGUCUGCUUUGCCGUCUCGACUCUAAUAGAAGUUAUAGCCGAACCUCUCUGGGUGGUUGGCCAAGCGUUUCUCUUUGUCCGAUUAAAGGUUAUUCUAUUGGGAUUUUCUCAAGCCAUCAAGUGUUUUGUCACCAUUCUUCUGGUCCUUUGUUUCCCAGAAUGGGGUCUAAUCAACUUCUGUAUAGCACAGGUAUUGUCUGUGUUUUGCUAUGUGUUGAUGUACUACGGCUACUUUGUGCGGUACACGACACAUGCCUGCAAGCGAGAUGAUGACUUUCCGUUACAGAGUAUUAAAGACUUUUUCCCACGACAUGUCCAGGGUGAGUCUUUCAUUGACAACCGACUGGCAAGUUUGACGUGGAGUUUCUUCAAACAGAGCUUUUUAAAGCAGAUUCUUACAGAAGGAGAAAAGUUUGUAAUGACAUUUCUCGAUGUUCUCAGUUUUGCAGACCAAGGUGUUUACGACGUCAUCAAUAAUCUGGGUUCAAUGGCAGCUCGUUUUAUAUUUCUGCCCAUCGAGGAAAAUGGUUACCUGUUCUUUUCUCAGUCACUUACUAGAGGAUUACCAGCAAAACAACAGUCUGCGGAAUCUCUAGCAUUUUGCAGCCAGGUUCUGGGAGUCUUGUUGAAAGUAGUCACCCUGAUCGGAUCUCUCAUCCUAGUGUUUGGUUACUCGUUCUCAUUCCUUGCACUAGAUCUCUACGGAGGCAGUAUUCUCAGUUCAGGGGCAGGGCCGAUGCUGUUGAGGUGGUACUGUGUGUAUGUCUUGGUAAUAGCCGUCAAUGGUACAACUGAGGGGUUUGUGUUUGCUGCAAUGAGCAAGGAAGAAGUUGAUAGAUAUAACAAGAAAAUGUUGGUGUUCUCUGUGGUUUUUCUUCUGUCUUCAUGGCUGUUGACACGACAAUUUGGUAGUGUCGGAUUCAUCAUAGCAAACUGUCUCAACAUGCUGGCUCGCAUUGCACACAGCAUCUACUUUAUUGUGAACUAUUUUAAAGAAAGCCAUCACAAGCCUUUGGAGUCCUUUGUUUCUUCCUUCCCAGUUUUAGUUACACUAAUAGCAUCAUUCUUCAUUACAUAUCUUUCAGAGAUCACAUUUUGCUGUAAUAAAGGAAUUUCUGGAAGAAUAAUUCAUAUUUGUGUUGGUGGACUCUGUGGGCUGGUGGUCCUUUUAGUCAUAUAUAGAUCGGAAGUUAGCUUGGUGACAUUUGUGAAAGAGCAGUACAGAUCAAGGAAUAAACAGCAUGUUCAGAAACAUAGGUGACGAACAAAAAUAAAAUAAAUUUUAAAACA